UUUUAAAUACACACUGCUGUAUCUAAGCGGUAUACAUAUAUGCAGAGAUAGAUAAAUGAUAGCAGUAGCAUAAUUUAUACACAUUUAAUCUGUCUAUAAACUUUAACAUGACCAAGAUGACAUCUAUCAGGAGUAUACCAAGUCUUGUGGGUUUAAAUUAAAACUGGCAUUAUUUGGAACUUCGCGUGUUAAAAUAGAAGAUGGAUUAUGUUUACCGCCUUAGAGAGACAACACCAGAGGAUAAACAAGCUGUGUUAGAAAUUCAUAAAAACGUUUAUGAUGGACUGGAUUACCUACCUGACUAUUAUGAUCACUUUCAAACCAGCGACCACGUGACGCCAUACAUCUACAUGGAGAAUGAUAAAAUUAUUGCAUAUUUAGCUUGUUGUGUAGUGGACAAUGGGGAAACGAUUGUAACAAGAGCAGGUCGAGUAAGUCCUAGCCGUCAAGGGAGGCAUCUGUAUGGCCAUUUUAUAUCAGAAAUAGAGACCGUUCAAAGGGCUGGUGGUAAAACUAAACGACAUGCUCUUGUUAAAAGUACAACUCCAUCGAAUAGUUUCUUAAAAACCUACAAACCAGUGGCAGCAAAGGCAAUACAUAUGUAUGAAUACGCCAAUAGCGAUGUGUCAAUCAAAAUGACAGAACUGAUGUCCAAACUUUCAAAACUCAACUCUCAUGCCAAAGCUUUAGAGACUUUUCCGGUUGCAUUUCUACAAUCUCCUUAUUCUAAGUAUUUGUUUCCAGAAGGACGUAUUCUCGUAGACUGGGUACCGUUUCGUCUUUUACCGGCUAAUAUUCCUUUACUUAAAGGGCGAGACACAGUCUUUUAUUCGGACAUUACAAGUGAAACAGCCAGAGUUGAUGAUUUGAAAAACGGACACACUGAUGAAACUGGCCGAAUACAAGGAUUGCUGUCUGCUUGCACUAUCUUUAAAGCGCACCACGAUUUAGACCUUUCUUGCAACUUGGACAUUUUUGGGUUGGAUUUUCGUUCUAUUGAGAAUCAUAUAAGUUUUCAUUUACAACGUAUAUAUGACACUGGUAUGGACCAUGUGAAUUUACGAGUAUAUACAUCAAAAACAGCGUGUGACAUUUCUUUGUUACAUUCAACACUUGAGCAGUUCGGAAUACAAGCGGUAACAAACGGGACAAGAAAAGAGCAGUACAUAGAACAGGUUGUUUAUGAGAAAGAUAUUAGUAAUUAAAAUGUUUUAAAUGCCAUUAGAUAAUGUAUAUUACAGAGUUCCUGUGUAGUGAUAUAUUCAUUAGAAAAUUCAGAUUAGUUGCGAUUUGUUUUGAAUAAAUAAUCUGAAUUUAUCAUUUUUACUAACAAAUGUAUAAAUUUGAAUAUGCCGGCGCUCGUACUGUCGAUAUUUAUUUCCGAGCGCCUAAAAACCAAUUUGAAAAUAAUCAAAAUAUAUAACGAAAGAUAUUUUGUGACAAAAAUAAAAUAAUAUUUGUUCAUGUAUUUCCUAGAACACAAAA